AUGAGCGACGAACCGGUCGUGAAUAAGAUGGAUGGGGACCCUCGGUUUCCAAUCAAGUUCGAGCCAUUGUUCGCUCGAAUGCAAGGUUCUCAACUGAUUGCGGCUUUCAUUAACUCUUUAUCAUCGUACUCACCCGACCGACUCGCUCAGCUAAUGGUCUCUCGGUACUUCCGUCAUCACUCGAAGAGGGAUCGUAAGACAUUACAAGGCGUUGUUGGAGUGUUGUGCACGCUCGCAACGCUGGAGACGAUAUUCACUUGCCACCAGUCCUACGACACUCUGAUUACGAAGUGGGGAAAGGUCGAUGCAUUGGACGAGAUCAUUCCCUCCGUCCCAGUUUCUCAAGUAUCUUACGGCGUUUGUGGCCCAGGUCUUCCUAGGAUCGCGCAUUUGGCUUGUUGGAAUAUCCAGUGGAUCUCUCUGGAGAUACAUGGUCUUCCCGGUCGUCUUCUUCUCGGUAUUCCAGCUCGUCCGAUAUUAACCGGUAACCCUUCAUUGGAAGCGGGUGGCUUAAUGAUUGUUAUCCUCAUGAUCAAAACUGGAUCUUUCUCAACGCUUUCACGCAACACCGCCAUUCUAAUUGCGGCUAACGCGAUCCAAGGUGCGGGUGCAGCACUCGCCGACAUCUUGAUUACAAUCGGCCUCGUCGCAAUUCUGAAAGCAAAUAUGACCGGUUUUCGACGUGCCAGCACAUUUCUGUCGAGGAUCACGUCGCUUUUUAUCAACCGGGCUCUGGCGACCAGUUCUAUUUCUGCUCGGGGACGUAUUACUUUAUAUGUCAUUUCCGUCCUAGCGAUCCUGGUAUCUCGCGAAGGGUUACGACAGGAUUUGGAUCGUUCAAUCCAUGUUUCUGAAAUGUUGCUUGAAACUAUGGGCAAGGUUGAUAAAGAUUCGACUUCUCAAUUGGACGUUCCAGCGUGCGCUCAAUCGUGGAACGGUGUUGAUCGAUACAUCGCCAGGGUCUUCAGGUGUCGAUUGGGUAUUCGGCUAGUGACAUAA